CAAGGACAUUCCUAUGGACGGGCCAGGCGGUGGCGGCAACAAUGCGCUGAGUUUGUCGUGGUCGUUUGGCUUCAACAAAGACAUCGUGGGGGGGGUGCAUAGUUUGUCCGAUGAUACUGUCCAUGCCAUCUUUUACACGGCGGGGCACACUGGCGUAAUCUACAACUAUGCGAACCGCACCCAAAAGCUCCUCCAAGGCCACUGCAACCCCAUAUCGUGCUGUGCCGUGAGUGAAGACAAGCGUUGGAUCGUCACGGCCGAUCGAGGCCAAGAUUCGAUGCUUGUCGUAUGGGACGCUACGACAGGCAACCCCAUUAAAACCAUCUUCAACCCGCAUUCCGACGGCGUCCAGUGCCUCGACAUGUCCCCCGACGCCAUGUUCAUCGUGACGCUGUCCAUCGCCAUGGACAAAGCCAAUGUUAAAGAACACGCCCAAGAGAUCAAGCUGUGGGAAUGGACCGUCGCCCGCGAUGACGCGCUCUACGUCGCUGCGGUGACAACCGAAGAUGUCCAGACAUGCGUGCGCUUCAACACAUACGACGUCCGCGAACUCAUGACCAACGGCGCGCAGCGCGUGAUCUUUUGGAAUUGGGCGGCGCACCAGCUGCAGUUUUACUCGCCACCGCUGUCCCAAAAGGACUUUAAGCAAACCAUCGGCGCGUUCACGCAGUCUUUGUUCGUGCCCGACUCGUCGCAGGCCAUCACCGCCACCGUCGACGGCGACCUCAUCUUGUGGGACGCCGCGCCCGUCAAAGCCAACGCCACCACGAUACACGCAGACAAGAAAGCAAUCAAAAUCGUGAGAGUCACCGGCCACGACAAACCAGUAGCCGUCAACUUCCUAGCCGACAUGGACGGGUACUUGGUCAUGGGGUGUGCGGACGGCGCCGUCCGGUUCUACGACUUUGACUUUCGCCUCGUCGCGUGGUUCGAAGACCUUUGCGCCGGUCCCGUCAUGGCCGUGUCCUUCGCCAAUGUCGACGCGGCCCCGGCAUCUGCCGACGUGUUUACUGUGCCAGAGUUCAUCGUGUCCACGUCCAGUGCGUUCAUUCUUGGCAUCACCCCCAGUAUCCACGACGAGUACGACGUGGAAAAGCGCCGCGGGACGCUACUCAUGCAAGGCAUCAACGACGAAAUCCACGGGCUGGCGGCGCAUCCUGCCAGCAACCACAUCGCCGUGAGCUGCUACUCUGGCGCGAUUCAAUUGUGGGACUACGUCGGCAAACGACUCGUUAUGUUACGCAGUUUCGACCGCGACAAGCUCCGCCCGCAGUGCCUGACGUACCAUCCGUCCGGAAAGCAUCUCUUGGUCGGGUUCACCAACGGUACUAUCAAAAUUAUCAGCGCGACAACGCUGGAGGAUGUCACAACGUUUCGGCAAGCCAAGAACGCGAUUGUGGACGUCAAGAUCGCCGCGGACGGGUCGUUUAUUGCGGCAAUUGACGCGCACAAUUACUUGUACUUGUGGCGCAGCAAGGCGAUGGUGGCCACGGACGCCGACGAAUUGGACACGACGGACCUGUGGUCGUACAUUGGUCGAUGCAAGAGCCACACGAAACCGAUCACGGGGCUCGAGUUUGGCAUGUCCCCGGACCAGCAGGCGCUGCUUGUGACUGUGGGCGAAGACAAGAUGCUCGUCGACUACAGUCUCAGUCGGUCCAGCGUCAUGGACGGCAUCAUAUUGAACGCGCCCCCACAAAAGAUUGAGCAGUCCGCGACCCCCACGACUUUCUUUUGGCACCCCGACAUGCCUGGCGUGCACGAAGACCUAGUGGUCAUUGCCAACGACGAGUACAAGUUCAAGCAAUGGAACGCCAACAACAAAACGUGUCGAAAGACCACGCUCCAUCCCACCUAUGGUGGGCCACUGAACCGGGUGCUGGCUAUACCGACCGACAAGCUGGCGAAGGAAAACAAGACCAGUGGCCGGUACUGCGCCUACAGUACCCACGACAAGGUGGUGGGGGUGCUCAAGCUGCCGCUGGAUGGGAAUCCCCACAAAUCGAUGGGGCUGAUUGCGCAUGCCGGUCGGAUUUCGAACGUGGCGGUGAGUUUCGACGGCAAGUACUUUAUCACGGCGGGGGGUAAGGACAUGAUUGUCAACUUGUGGGAUGUGAACCCCCGGGCUCUGGAUGCACUGGAAGCCCAGGGGGGCGCGGGCAUGGAGCCGUUCGCGUCGCUGCUGGAAGGGGGCGUGCAAGGGGCAUUUUACAGCGAAAUCGUCGACUACUUUUACUUUGCCCAGUUGCGUACGCAAGGGGAAAACGCGACGGCAGCGCGGGAUAUUGCGCACCACAUUCCGCUGCUCGAGAUCCCCCACUUGAUGCGCGCGCUGGGGUAUUACCCCACGGAACUCGAGAUUCAAAACAUGUGCAGCGAAGUCAAGUACAGCCGGUUCACGGAAACGACCAAGACGGUCGACGUGGUGGACCUGACUGCGUUUGUGAAGCUGUACACCAACCACCGGCCCGUGUUUGGCAUUGGGAAGAAGCAAAUCGACGACGCGUUCGACGUGUUGAGUGGCCACAAGGGGCCAACAUUAAAGUGGGCCGACUUGAAGGCCAAGUUGCUCACAAUGGGGGAGCCCAUGACCGAGGACGAACUGACGUCGUGUAUGCACGCUUUACUGGGGGACGAAGCCGACCUGGUUGAAACGACCAUCUCGCUUUCAUCAAGUGUUUUUGCAGACAAAGUCCUUGGGUUUGAAGACUAUGAACGCGACGAGCAGCCAGUUCCGUUUACGUAACUCCAACAAUCUAUUUUCCAUGUCGUACUAA